AUGUCAAAGACGGCCUUGAAAAACGAUAAGCGACAGGGCUCAUUGAUAAAUGUGGAAGAGAUAAAGGAGAGCGAUAGCCGAAUACGGUCUUCAGACAUACCGUUGUCUAGGAACAGAUGCUAUAUAGAACUGAAUCAUGGACUUGACAAGACAGACGGACAGGGUCUUGUAAUAUCAGCAAUCAUCGAUUGGAAGUUUAAUAGCAAUUGGUUUCGUGACGCAAGUGAAGGACGAAGGUGGUUAGUGUUGUGGUCGCUGUGGCUGGCCAGACUGGUGCGGCAGCCCACGGAACCAGUGCAACUUAAAGCAGGCCUUCUGCGUGGUUCGGUAUCACCAGACGGAACGCACCUCCAUUACAAUGGGAUACCCUACGCAGUGUAUCCACAAAGAUUUCAGAGACCAGGCCCCGAGCCAAGCUGGAACGGCAUGUUCGAAGCGAUUCACGAACAUAUUCGAUGUCCACAACGGAUCGGUGAAUCCUUAGUAGUAGGUCAAGAAGAUUGCUUGACCCUUAACAUAUACUCCCCAGUUAAGGUCGAUCCCAGCUCCAACUUACCCGUUAUGGUGUUUAUCCACGGUGGAGGUUUUUACGACGGAUCGGGAAACAGCUUCCUAUACGGACCGAAUUAUCUCGUCGCGAAGGGAGUUAUACUAGUGACAAUCAAUUACAGAUUGAACAUUCAAGGCUUCGUCUGUCUAGGUAUCAAAGAGGCCCCGGGCAACCUCGGAUUGAAAGAUCAAGCGGCCGCCUUGAAGUGGGUGCAAAGAAACAUUCGUCCUUUUGGUGGAGAUCCAGAUAACGUUACCAUAUUCGGAGAAAGCGCCGGAGCAUCUUCGGUGUCUUUUCAUAUACUCUCCAAAACGUCUAAGGGCUUGUUUCAUAAGGCGAUUUUGGAGAGCGGAUCGUCUCUGACACCGUGGUCCCUACAAUACAGGCCGAUAUAUAUGACAAGUCUAUUAACGAAGGUCAUGCUUCACAAAGCGAAAGAUGCGCAGGAGCUGUACAAUAUUUUAAUGAACAAAACUGAUGCAGAUUUAGUCGUGACAAGAGUUCCUCGAAAGGACGGUAAUAUUAUUAUAUCCGAAUGCCUGUACGUGCCCUGCGUGGAAACAGAGAUCGAAGGGGAAGAUCCCUUUAUAACUGAACUGCCUUACGAUAUUUUGUCGAAAGGGACCUACAACAAAGUCCCGAUAAUGAUAGGGUGGAAUAGUAAAGAAGGUUACUUGUUCGCGGGAAUGGAGAACGCGACGACGUUACCUAAAAUAGAUUUCCUGAAGUCUCUGCCGAAGGACUUGGAGAUUCCAUCGGAGCCAGAACGCUGCGAAGUGGCGAAGACGCUGCAGAAUUUUUACAUCGGCAACACAUCCACGAUAGAGAAUUUGCUGGAUCUAGCGAAGUUCCACGGCGAAGUGUUCUUCUCGUACCCGGUGUUGCAAGAAACAGAGUUCUAUUUGCUGACGAAUACUGAGCCGGUGUUCAGCUACCAAUUCAAGUACGCUGGGUAUAGAAAUUUCGCGAAGUUGUCUUCCAGUGAGCCGUUCUCGAGUGCACCGGGAGCAACACACGCUGACGAAAUGUUUUAUUUGUUCAGUCAGUCUUUCAUUCCCAGACUCUUCGAAAGCAAAAUGAUAGAUAGAAUGACAACUCUGUGGACUAAUUUUGCAAAAUAUGGGGAGCCAACGCCACAGACAACAGAGUUGCUUCCGCUAAAAUGGCGACCGUCCACAGAGGCAUCUCCGCAUACAUUUGUCAUAGACUCAGAACUUAGCACAGAACCGCUGUGGAAUAGCGAGUCUCUCAAAUAUCUAAGAAGAAUCUAUGCAAAGUAUAGAAGAAAAAGAACUAGUGAUUGA